GUCCAACGGACUCUGCCUUGAUCCCGAACUUGGAACCCUGAGCGUCAGAAUCAGAACACCGGACCCAGACUCGGAUUCCCAACGACAAAGGACCCCAGCUCCGGUCCCCGAUGCAGGACCGAGAGACUGGACCGUGAGGCGGACUCUGGACCCCGGCUCUGGUCCCCGACUCGGAACCAUGAGGCUGGACCGCGAGGCGGACUCCAGAUCCUGGCUCCAAUCCCGGGGCUCAGAAUCACGAGGCAGGACCUCAAGGCGGACUCCAGAUCCUGGCUCCGAUCCCGGGACUCAGAACCACGAGGCAGGACCUCGAGGCGGACUCCAGAUCCUGGCUCCGAUCCCGGGACUCAGAACCACGAGGCUGGACCGCGAGGCGGACUCCAGAUCCUGGCUCCGAUCCCGGGUCUCAGAACCACGAGGCCGGACCGCGAGGCGGAUUCCGGACCUCAACUCCGAUCCCCAACUCGGAACCACGAGGCGGGACCGCGAGGCGGACUCCGGACCUCAACUCCGAUCCCCAACGCCGAACCGAACCAUGAGGCGCAACCGCGAGGUGGACUCCGGACCUCAACUCGGAACCACGAGGCGGGACCGCAAGGAGGACUCCGGACCUCAACCCCAAUCCCCAACUCCUAACCACGAGGCGGGACCCCGAGGCAGACUCUAGACCUCAACUCCCAUCCCCAACUCGGAACCACGAGGCUGGACCGCGAGGCGGACUCCGGACCCCGGCUCCGAUCCACGACUCAAAUCCACGACGCAGGACCACGAGGCGGACUCCGGAACCCAUCUCCGACCCCCGACUCUGAUCCCCGAGGCUGGACCACGAGGCGGGCUCCAGACCCUGGCUCUAACUCCCUACUCGGAACCACGAUAUGGGACCGCGAGGCGGGCUCCAGAUGCGGAAUCGUACCCGGACUUGGAACCACGAUGCAGGACCGCGAGGCGGACUCCAGGCACGGAAUCCGACCCGGACUCAAAAAUACGAGGCGGACUCCAGGCGCGGAAUUCGACCCCCGGAUUUGGAUCCCCGAUGCAGGACCGUGAGGUGGACUCCAGAUGCAGAACCGGACCCGGACUCGGAACCACGACGCAGAACUGCGAGGCGGACUGCAGGCGCGGAAUCCGAUCCCCGGACUCGGAUCCCGGACCAGGACCCCCGACCCGGGCCGACUCUCCCGGAGGUACCGAGGGGAGAGCCGGCCCCCCGCC